AUGGCCUGCCUUCGAUCACUAGGGAUACGAUGCAUAAUCUACCUGGACGACUUGCUACUAUUCUGUGACAAGGUUUCACGACUACGCUCUCAGACGAAAUUUGUGGUAGACUUCGAGUCCUUGGGUUUCGUGGUGAAUCACAACAAAUCAGGGUUAGAACCUUCACAAGUGGUUCAAUUCCUGAGUUUCAAGACAGACUCGACCACCUGCAUGCUCCAACUGCCCCUCAAAAAGAUAGCGGCAAUGCGGAAAGAGAUUAGGAAGGUUCUGAGUAUGGAUCACACCACGUUGCGUCUCCUCGCUCGGGUUGUGGGACCUGGGUCCCCUACACUACAGGGCUCAAUAUCUUCAGUCCUGACUAUCAUACGAUCAGACAAUACGACUAACAACCCAAGUUCGGACGGAACUCCGAUGGUGGUUCUUUGUAAUGGUAUUAAUAAGAUUUAUGUCUUAAAAUAA